AUGAAUCCAGUCAGAGUAUUUCCAUUAAAGUUCAAUGAAUAACAAAAUACUCAAAGUACAUCAAGUUCCCCAUAGUUAAAGAAAAAACAGCCUCCUAAAGUACUGGAAAAACCCUUGCUUUUAAACAUGUCUCCCAUUUUGUAAAAAUUCAAAUUCAUUGAAGAAACGGCCAAUCUCCUGCCAAAGGAAAAUUUAAUGUGAAACGAUUAACUGUUAAUGCUAAACAAGAUGACAAAUUUUAAUUUGUAGCGAUUUAUAAGAUUUUCAUAGGCCCAAUAAUAAAGGCCAUUAUAAUCAACAAGCUAAUCCCCAAAAAAGAGAGUUAUUAAUGGAGCAACCAAUGUUGAAGUAUAACCUAUCCUUAAAUAGUCACAAUCUCCAAUGAAACUUCCUAAUCUCCGAAGAGCAGAUACUUAAUUAAAUAACAAUUUAUCAAUCAAAGACGAAACCCUGUAAGAAAUGAAAAGCUCCAAAAGAAAAGAUACAACUGAUGAAACCCCUUCAGUAAAUCAUUCUCUCAAACAAUUUAGUAAUAAAUUAGAGGUUCAAUAAUUAAAUUAAUCUCUGAUACUACUCCUAAUUCAAGACCUUCGAUAUCUAGGGUUAAAUUAGCCUCUUAAACUAUUGAUUAAGAAAUUAAACCAAAAGCUUCUAAUUAAAUGGUUAUGUUACACGGCCGAUCAACCAGUCAAGCAACUUUAGUAAAUACUUUUGUCCUAGAUGAUUAAAUGCAAGAUUACGUUAAUUUAUUUUAUUCUAAGUAUUUUUUAAUCAUUAAUAGAUCCCAACCUGGUUAAAAUGGAUCUGGAUAAACUAAAACUAAUUAAGAUAGUGUAAUUGUAACUAAUAAUUUGGGUGGAAUUAAAAAUAGAUACAUCUUUUCAGUUUGCGAUGGACAUGGUGUUUAUGGACAUUAUGUAUCAUAAUUAGUUAAAAAAUUAUUACCAAAUAUCAUAGAUCAGUAAAUAAAAUAAAACAUCGGGAUGUAAGAAAAAGAUAUAAGUGAAAAUCAUUAUACUGACAUAACCAAAGCAAUGACUUAAAGCUUUUUGAAAAUGCAAAAAGACUUAUCUAAUUGUGGAAUUGAUAUAACAUUUAGUGGAACUACUUGUUCUUUAGUUUUAGUUUCUGGCCCUCAUUUAUGGUGUGCCAAUAUAGGAGAUUCAAGAUCAGUAAAUUUAAUAAAAAAAUAAUUAUAGAUUUUGAUUUAGUAAUAAAAUAAUUAGAAAUGGAAAACUAUUGAAUUAAGUAAUGAUCAUAAACCCGAUUUGCCAAAUGAAUACAAAAGAAUAAUCUCUUCUAAAGGGAGAGUUUAACCAUUUAUUAGCGAAAAUGGGGAAACAAUAGGACCACCAAGAGUAUGGUUGUUACAUGAUUAAAUUCCAGGAUUGGCCAUGAGUAGAUCUUUUGGAGACUAUGUUGCAUCAACUGUUGGGGUGAGCUGUGAACCAGAGAUAAUUCAUCAUAAAAUGAAUUCUAAUUAUGCAUUCUUAGUGGUUGCAAGUGAUGGAGUAUGGGAAUUCUUUUCUAAUGAUGAAAUAUAAAAAAUCGUUGUCUAGAAUUGGUAACCUAAUAUGACAGCUAAAAAAAUAAACGAAAUUUGUGAUCAUAUUGUUAAGCUUUCUACAUAAAGAUGGCAUUAAGAAGAUGAAGUUGUUGAUGAUAUUUCAAUUGUCAUAGCUUAUCUCCAAAAACCAUGA